AGUUUUUGUCAAUAUUUUUUCCAUCAUGUCUGCCUUUUUCAUGGUGCAAUAAAAGUGAUUUUUUCUCAGUGUUAAAAUUGCUAAUUGUGAAAAAUCCUGGUGGAAAAGUGUGCAAGAAGAAUUGGUGAAUCUUUUUCAAGUGUUAAACGGGAAAAAAUUGCAAUGGUGAAUGUGGAAAAGUUCACUUUUCAGAGCACUGUCUACAGUACCGCUCGUAUCUUGGCGCAGUUGCCGUGUACAUGGAGUAGGGUGGAGGUGAUCUACCAGUAUUGUCCACAAGAGAACAAUGUAGGGGUAUUUUGUCUCGAUAGUCGCAAUGAGGAUUCUGUUAUUGCUCUGGGAAUUUUCCUACUGGAAAGUGGCUUCCAGCAUGAGGAAAUUAUUGUUCCGUACCUCGUUAAAUUGGCCAGGGGUUUGCCCAAGGCAGUUUGGGUUGACGAUGGUGCCCGGAGAGAUCAGUAUCGUAUUCCAGCAACUGAAAAUUUCUCCUUCUGCCUCAAUACACUCCUCACGGACAUCUCUGUGAGGUGUAUUAAGUACAGGGAAGAAAUUUUAGCCACACAGAUUGAUGUUUUGAACAUCCUGGCCAAUAUUAUCAAACAAAAAAAUGCAGUGUCCCCAAUGAUUCUCUGCAAGGCUACAGUGCCACUUUUUCUGGGCUUGGCACGAUCAAUGGGACGUUUUACGACAACUGAUCCUCCACUGCUCUGCAGAUUGUUUCCCAAACCUAAUUUGGCAGAGAAGAAGACACAGGGGAAGGGUCAGAUGUCUCAAUCUCCUUCCUUGAAUCUAGAAUUUGUCAAAAAGAAGGUUUUCUCCCAGUAUCUUCAUAAAUACUACAUUCCAUACAAUGCCAAUGCCCUGUAUUUCUCCAAAUACGGUUCCAGUUUUCAAUUCCCAGUGGGAAAGGAUGAACCUGAGGGAAAAACUGGGAAGAAGGAGAAACCACAAGAGUGUACCAUUCAAUUCCCAGUGCAACAUCUCCAAACAAUUUUUGCAAUCUCUAAGAAAAUGCUCGCAAAAGAAGUUUUGGCAUAUCUAGAUGAGCAAGCUGGAGAUGUGUAUGAGCUGAGGCACCAUGGAAGAUACUAUGGCUAUCAGUCAUUUUCAGAAACCAUAAAUCUGGUCAUUGUUAGUCUCCUGAGAGAACUCUUGCAAACACAGAAUGAUCUCCCGGCUCCGUUCACACGAGAUGUCCAGGAAUUUGUGAAGGAUCUCUUCCUGAACGGUAACACUCAGCUCCAGAACCGUCAGUUUGAUGACUCAGACGGCAAAUGGAGAGACAAAAAUGCCCAUCAUGUCAAUAAAUACAAGCUAAAUGUUCUGGCCAAUGCAGCUUGCGUUGAUCUUUUGGUAUGGGCAGUUGCUGAUGAAACCGGAGCAGAUAAGCUCUGUGGACGUCUAUACCAGAAACUAAAUUCUGUCCUCAAUCACAAGCUCGUGAUGGAUCAUAUGCCUCUGCUAAUGGUGUGUCUGGAGGGUUUGGGAAAAUUAGCCCAGAAAUGUCCAAAUAUUGCAGGAACUUCUGUUUCCUACCUCCGGGACUUCCUCGUCAAUCCCAGUCCCAUCCUGGCCAAUUUGUACGCAUUCACGUGCGCCCAGCAAAAGAAGGACAAAGAGAUUCCUUUUACGCUCAUUGUGCAAAAUCCAGAGGCUCAAGCUCUCAGUUAUCAAUCCACAAAACCACUGCAGAUGACAAAAGCUGCUCAGGUGGCUUUUGAAUCCCUCAGGAAUGCAGCCAUUGAGAAUCUUAGCAAGGCUCUGAGGGCAGCACAUCUCAUGGAUCCAUAUUGUGUGCCAGCUCUCGUGGCCAAUGUCUCCAAUCGACUCUUUACAGCUGAAAAACAAGGCAAUGAAUCUAAGGAUUUCUCAUCAAUUGUAUCCCUAAACAUCAUUGUGAUGCUGGGUCAGGUGGCAGUGACGCUUAAAGAUACUCCAAAGACUACCCACAGUAUUCUCCAGUUUUUCAUUCAGCGCUUUUGUAAAGUCCCUUCAGAGCAGAAUGUGCUCAUUGUGGAGCAGCUAGGCUGCAUGAUUGUUUCAAAGUGUGAACCGGCUAUUUUUGAUGAGAUCAUGAAGAUGUUCUCUCGCGUGACUGUCCAAUCGGCCUCCCUGGCCUACACGACAAAUCCUGAGUUGCGGAGGCAGUAUCACAAUGUCUCCGAUGCAAUUGUCAAUGCAUUAGGGAUGAUUGCUGCGAAUAUCGAGGGAGAAUUGGAGAUGUUGGAUCUUUUGGGAAAAUUGUUGGAAUUGUUUGUUCAGAUUGGUUUGGAGGGGGAGAGAAGCUAUGACAGUACUCCUGGAGUACAGAAGGCAAGUUCAAGUGCUGGAAAUCUGGGAAUGCUGAUUCCAGUGAUAGCUAUUCUGGUGGAUAGACUACCACCGAUUCGAAAUCCCAAACAGAGACUCCAUAAGUUAUUCAAAGAUUUCUGGCUGUACUGCGUCGUGAUGGGAUUCACCAAUUCUAGACUGUGGCCAUCUGAAUGGUGUCAUGGGGUGCAGAGAAUUGCGGCAAAAUCGCCACUUUUGAUCUCCCAGACGGCCUAUAGGUCAGAAAUGAGAGAACUCAAUUAUACUUCUGCAGUUAAAUCGGACAGUGUUAGUCUGAAUGAGCUGAGAAGUCAGAUUCUUUUGCUUCUUGAACAUCCUACGGAUGUGGCUGCUAUCAUUCAUAAGCUCACCUUUGCCCAGUGUACGUAUCUCCUCAGUGUCUACUGGCUGGAGACACUGAGAAUUGAGAAUGCUAAAGAACCGAGCCUUGAGCUCAUCUUUAGCUAUCUCUGCGAUUUGGCGCUGCAGAAAGAUAAAUCAGGCAUCUGGCAGUGCAUCAAAUGCAUUGGGGAUCAGGUUUUUGAGAAGUUCUGCAAUGUUCUCCUUCUGCAGGACAAUCUACGGGAGAAUGUUCUUGAGAGUCAGGCUAUUCUGUUGUUGGUGUACUUCAAUCACACCCACAAACAGAUUCAAGUUGUGGCUGAUCAGUAUUUAUCCCUGUUUGUGGAUAAGUUUCCGGAUUUGCUCUGGAAUCGACGAUUUCUCUGGUGUAUGCUGGAUAUUUUGCAGCUUCUCUCAUUUUCUCUCUCCUUAAAUCCCAAUGAGGAGUCUCCUAGUCUGAAAGUGCACGGAACUCCGUACACUCUGCAGCUGAUGGAUAGUUUGCCAGCUAGGGAAGGACGCGUAAAGGAUUUCGCCCAUAGAUGUCAGGGAAUCUUCAAUGAGGCCAUGAAAUGGGCACCAAAGCUCAUAAGAAGCCAUCUCCAAGAGUAUCCUAACAAUCUCAACAUAUCUUCGUUAAAUAAUCACUGUGGUCUAGCGCUGGCUUUUGAAUCUGUCCUCCAGGCAACCAUGACAAAUUCUGGAACCGUGGCUACUCUCAACAACAAGAGAUACAACAGCCCCAACACCAAUGACACUUCCCAGUUUGUCUCUGUUCUCUGCCUCAGGAGUAAGUAUGCUGGUGAGAUUUCAGGUUUGCUGUCGGUUCUCAAUGACGAGGAGAAGCAGGGUUUGGCUGAUCGGCUGAUAAGGGACGUUUGGGAGGCUUGCAAGGAGAAAUGCGAUAUAAAACAUCGUGGAGCUGUUUGGAGAGCCGCUGCUUAUCUCAUCCUUUGCUCGGGUCUCAAUAGGAAGCUCAUCCAUGCAGUUUCAUCUUCCCAGGUAGAACUUUUCACAGAGUCUUCAGUGACCACAGCAAUUGAGUGCUGGCAGUGGAUUGUAACAGCCAGGCAGGAUUUGGAAUUGUGUUUGAUUCAGGAGAUGAUCAGUGCUUGGCAGGCGACUUUUGAGAAACGCCUGGGAAUAUUUGCCAGAGAGGAUGACACUAUGAGUCCUAUGGUGAUGUCAGAUAUCACUGAAAUUCCACCACCUCAGAUUAGUGUGGUACCUCAUGCAAUCUGGCUUCAGCUUCUCUCCGAGAUGGUUGAUACGGCAAAGUACUGCAACAAGGACAAAGUGGAAAUGUUCUGCUUGCUGCUGCAUCGAUGUUUGCCCAUUGGGACUCGUGAUAUGAGACUUAAUCACAAUAUUGCGGCUAUUGGAUGUAGAUUCAAGCUCCUACAGUGUGGACUGUCUCUGCUACAGGGGAAUACCAUAGCAAAGUCCAUGGGAAGGAAUAUCCUAAGAGAAAGGAUCUAUAGCUAUGCUCUAGAUUACUUCUGUGGCCCACAGAUUCCGCCAACACAAUCGCGGAAAGUAUUGUACGAGGAUAUCCUGGUCCUUUUGAAGUUCUGGCAGACAAUGAGGAGUGAAAAGAAGUACUUGGUGUCGUCUGAAUUAGUGGACUUGGACACAACUGGUCAAUUUACAACAACAUCCUCCUCAACGAGGCCCUUAAGCGAAGUCUCUGUUGCAGGAAGUGAUUUGGCAAAGAGCAAUAGCACUGGAACUGGAGGAUGGUAUAAUACCAUUCCCCAUUCUACGUCUACUUUGUCAAAGAAGUCCACGAGGAGCAAAAGGAGUCCUUUUCAAAUUGAUGACACCAACAAGGAAUACAUGAAGAAGCGAAGCUUGAUUAUGGAUCUGUUGGCGUUGGAGAUUGAAUUCCUUAUCACUUGGUAUAAUCCGACUGGAGCUCCGGAUCUUGUGAUUUCCGGAGAGACGAUGAUCAGUGAGUGGAGAGCAAGACCAACAAAAGUUCACAUCUGGAGGGAUCAUGCUCGAGUGGCGUGGGCUCACAAUCCGGCUCUUGGGAUUUACCUCAUUCAGAGGAUUCGCAAUGAUGACAGUGUCAUGGAUGAAAUUUCCAGGCUAGUUUGUCUAGAUCCCAUCCAAGUGGCCCAUCUUCCCGAAGCCAUAAAAUAUUUGGUUACAACAAAGACUCUACUCAGUGAAGUUCCAGAAUUAGUUCAUAUGCUUUCGUGGAAUCGUGUUGGACCUGUUCAGGCCAUGUCCUACUUCUCCAGGCAAUAUCCUCUUCAUCCUCUAUCGGCUCAGUAUGCCAUUAAGUCCCUGAACUCAUGUCCAGCAAAUUCCAUCCUGCCAUAUAUUCCGCAACUCGUACAGGCCCUCAGAUAUGAUACGAUGGGGUACAUUGCGGAGUUCAUCAAACAUAUCUCCAAGAGGUCUCAAAUUGUGGCACAUCAGCUCAUUUGGAAUAUGCAGACGAACAUGUACGUGGAUGAAGAUCAGCAUCAUAAAGACACUUUGUAUGAUACUUUGGAUAGUUUGACACAGAAUAUCAUAAAUUCCUUUUCGGGCCCUGCAAAGAGUUUCUAUGAGAGGGAAUUUAAUUUCUUCAGCAAGAUUACUGCGGUAAGUGGGGAAAUUAGGGGUUUCCCCAAGGGACAGGCGAGGAAAAAGGCAUGCCUUGAGGCUCUCAGUAAGAUCAAGGUGCAAACUGGAUGCUAUUUACCAUCGAAUCCUGAAGCUAUGGUUCUGGACAUUGACUAUAACAGCGGAACUCCGAUGCAGAGUGCAGCUAAAGCUCCGUAUUUGGCAAGAUUCCGUGUCUUACCUUGUGGGAUAUCCGAAUUUGAGUCGAUGGUGAUGGAGGAGCAGGGAAAUGUGGGACUAACGCAAACUGAAGCAUCGUCAAAUGUGUGGAAAGCAGCGAUUUUCAAGGUGGGAGAUGAUGUGAGACAAGAUAUGCUGGCUCUACAAGUCAUUACGAUUUUUAAAAAUAUUUUCCGACAAGUUGGACUUGAUCUCUUUCUGUUUCCAUAUCGUGUGGUAGCCACGGCUCCAGGGUGCGGAGUCAUUGAAUGCGUUCCAAAUGCCAAAUCACGCGAUCAACUUGGAAGACAGACAGAUUCUGGUCUCUAUGAGUACUUUUUGCAUCAGUAUGGGGAUGAAACUGGAAGGGAUUUCCAGACAGCUCGGAGUAAUUUUGUCAAAUCCAUGGCAGCAUACUCGGUUAUUGGGUAUUUGCUGCAGAUCAAGGAUCGUCACAAUGGGAACAUAAUGAUUGAUACAGAAGGUCAUAUUAUUCAUAUUGACUUUGGGUUUAUGUUUGAAUCAUCUCCAGGUGGGAAUAUAGGAUUUGAGACGGACAUGAAGAUUACCGAUGAGAUGGUAAUGGUGAUGGGAGGAAAGAUGGAUGCUCCGGCUUUUAAGUGGUUCUGUGAACUCUGUGUCCAGUCAUUCCUGGCAGUUCGUCCAUAUCAGGAUGCCAUUGUGUCUUUGGUGUCACUAAUGCUGGACACAGGACUACCAUGCUUCCGUGGACAAACAAUAAAUCUUCUGAAGCAGAGAUUUGUGCCCAAUAAGAGCAACAAGGAAGCUGCAGCUCAUAUGCUGGCGAUCAUUCGGAAUUCAUACCAGAAUUUCCGUACUCGCACCUAUGACAUGAUUCAGUACUACCAAAACCAGAUACCCUACUAAAUGCUGGAUCUACAGCAACAUAAUUUAUUGCAUUGUGAUCAUAAAUUCAUGUAUUAUUCUCUUUGUUCAUGUGGUAAAGUUCGUUGAAUGUUGAA